AUGGCUGAUCCAUUGUCGAUUGCAUCGGGUGUUGACCAGGACGCCGAGCUGUUCAAGAUCACGCAGAAUUUCGAAGACCUUCAGGCAAUCUUUCGAUCCCUCCAAACUGCAGUGCAUGAUCGCCGAUCUCGGGCCGAUGCACAAGAGCUAUUCCAAGUCGACAAAGCCACCCGAAGAUGCGAGGAAGUCAUCGAAGAACUCAAGCUAGAGUGCCAGAAAUUCCGCACAGUCUCUGUCACCAGCUUUAAAGGCCGCAUCACAGUUGCUGGACGGCGCGCCGCCUAUCCAUUCCGCAAAAGCACCCUCCAGAAACUCGAAGAAGACAUCAGCGAGAUACGUAAGAACUUGUCGCUCGCACUCGGCGUCUUACAGAUCAAAGUCCAUCAUAAGGUCCAUCAUGAUAUAGUGGAACUUAAAUCGCUUCUCGAGCGAAUAAACAUGAGUCACAUUUCUUCAACGACCCGUGCGUGGCUGGCAGCACCAGACGCGUCUAUCGACCACAACGCCACAUGCGCGAAGCGUCAUACGAAUACUGGUUUAUGGCUCGUCAAUGGCCAUCAUUUUGCAAACUGGCUAACAGAGCGCAAUUCCUUCCUCUGGAUUAAUGGCUUUGCAGGAAGUGGGAAGUCGGUCCUAUGCUCAACUGCGAUCCAAUACACAUUCUAUAAGAUGAAACACACGCAGGGAUUAGGGAUCGCGUUCUUUUACUUCGCCUUCAACGAUGAUUCAAAACAAAGUGACCACGGCAUGUUACGCGCAUUGCUCUUACAGCUGUCGACACAACUUCGAGAGGGUGAAAAAGAUUUAGAGCAACUUCAAAGGAUAUAUAAGUCGGGUACCCCACCAGUGGGCGUGUUGCUAGACACUCUUCGAAGCAUCCUUAGCCGAUUCCAUGAGACCUUUAUUCUACUUGAUGGAUUAGAUGAAUGCCCUCGGGAUCGUGGAAGAGAAGACGUUUUGAGAGGAAUAGAGACGAUACGGAAAUGGAGUUUACCUGGUCUUCAUAUUUUGGUAACCAGUCGCAACGAUCUCGAUAUCUAUGAAUCUUUGAACCCCGCUUACGACCAGACUAUUUCGAUGAGGAAUACGGAGAUUGACAACGACAUCACCAAUUUUGUCUCUGCUCAGCUCAAACACGACCCAAAACUCCAGAGGUGGAAAUCUCUUCAUACAGAGAUUCAAAAAAAAUUAACACAGCGUCCACAGGGAGUAUUUAGAUAUGUCGAAUGUCAACUCAAGGCACUCAGGCGGGCGCGGAACCGAAACCAACUUGACGCUUGUCUACUCUCUUUGCCUCGCGAUCUAGAUGAAACAUAUGAGCGAAUAUUAUGCAACAUCGACGAAACCUAUAUUGAUGAUGCGCGUCGGAUUUUGACUGUGCUCUGUUUCUCCACGCGUCCGCUUACUAUCAAUGAACUGAUUGAUGCCCACGCGGUCGAUCUCGGUGCGUCACCCCACCUUGACCGUGAGGGCAGAUCAUAUCAACCAGAUGAUCUUAUCGACAUAUGUCUUGGUCUCGUGGAAAUUGCAGAUAUGGAGGAUGAAAAUGGACAAAACGUCUCCACUGCUCGCAUCGCCCAUUUUUCUGUCAAGGAGUAUCUUCAAUCGGCACGAAUCUUGCAGCAAAAAGCGAAGGGAUUCGCCAUUCAAAGUGGGCCUGCAAACACAGAAAUUGCCCAAAUAUCUGUGGUUUAUCUCCUAGAGCCAAAUCUUUCGAAUGGGGUAUUAGACGCAGCAAAGGUGAAGGAAUUUCCAUUAGCUCACUUCGCUGCUGAAAACUGGUAUCACCAUUACGAAAACUCGGAAGAAGGCAAGUCUAAGGUUGAAGAGCUGUUGCCACGGCUUUUCCAGCACGAUAUGAACUGUUUCAUGACCUGGAUCAAGUUAUAUGAUAUGGAUCGUCAACAAUCAAGACGAGAUUAUCAGCGGCUUAUUAACGAUGUUGGGCCGCCUCUGUACUACGCGAGCUUGUUGGGCUUGGAGUCUAUCGCAGCAUCUUUUCGGGGCCACGUAAAGGUGGCGCAGAUGCUGCUAGAUCGAGGUGCCAAUGUCAACGCCCAAUGUGGGCGGCUCGGAAACGCCCUCCAGGCCGCAUCUGCGCAGGGUCAUGAAAUAGUAGUCCAGAUGCUGCUAAGCCGAGGUGCCGACGUCAACGCCCAAGAUGGCUUGUUCAGUAAUGCCCUCAAGGCCGCAUCAUUUCAUGGACAUGAAAGGGUAGUGCAGCUACUGCUAGAGCGAGGAGCCAAUAUCAACGCUCAGUGUGGAAUCUACGGUAACGUUCUCCAGGCUGCAUAUCAUGGGGGCAACGUAAGGGUGGUGCAAAUAUUGCUAGAUCGAGGUGCCGACAUCAACGCCCAAUGUGAAGAGUUCGGUUACGCUGUCCAGGCUGCGUCUAUAGGGGGCCACGAGAAAGUGGUGCAGUUGCUACUAGAUCGAGGUGCCGAUAUCCAUGCUCAAGGUGGAAAGUACGGCUAUGCUCUCCAGGCUGCAUCUAUAGGCGGUCACGAGAAAGUGGUGCAAUUAUUGAUUGAUCGAGGUGCCAAUAUCCACGCCCAAGGUGGAAGAUGGGGUAGUUCGCUGCACGCUGCAUCUCUAAGGGGUUACGAAAAAGUGGUGCAGUUGCUACUAGACCACGGCGCGGACCCAGACUCUAUGGAUCAGAACAACCGCACACCAUUGUUCUUGGCUUCUGCAAGGGGACAUGAUGCCGUUGUCGCAUUGCUGUCAUCGAGAACCAGAGAUCCUAACCUGAAGGAUCAAUUUGGUCGUACACCACUGCACUUAGCUGCUGCAGGAGGACAUCUGCAAUCUGUGAGGAUAUUGUUGACAAUAAGAGGCAUUGACCCUGAUACUGAAGAUAAUUUCGGUCUUACUGCUCAAGCUGACGCCGCUAGAAGAGGCCAGUACAGGGUCGUUCAGCUUCUCCAGACUCACGAAAUGAGUUUGACUUAUCAUAACAACACAACGCACCAAAGACCAUGUGAAGAAGUAUACUGUGACAUCUGCCUGGUCAAAAUACCAGAUAUCGACAUCCAUUAUCACUGCAACCUCUGCGAUCAUGGGAAUUUUGAUGUGUGCAAUGCGUGUAUUUCGAGUGGGGCGGCCUGUCUGGAGAGCAACCAUGAGUUAAUCAAGCGUCUGUUGUUUCGGCCACUAUCAUGA